GAGAGAGAGGACCCUCCAAACCCAAUGGCACGAGAGCGCAUUUGCGCGCUUUGAAGCAGGAGAUACCUGAGCACCUAAGACAGUUUGGAGCAACGAUGCGUCUAAACGGUUCGCAACAGCGCAGUGUUCACUGUGAUGAAGAAAAACGAGGCAAGCCAAAAGUUUAGUUUAGUCUCUGAAGGUACUUAUCAGCCCCGCCUUACGACGAUCAUGUUCUGAGUCCGAGGCGCGGAGCAGACGGAGCGGGAUGAAGCCGGUGAUGAACCGGAGCGCCAGGCGCUUCUGCUGCGGAGGAGUCGGGCUUCUCGCGGUCGUGUGGCUCGCACAGGUCCUGCGGCUGACAGAGAUCGAGUCAUCGUGGCAAGAAACAGACUUCCCCCGACGCAGGGUCCUGCAGUAUGGAGUCGAAAAUCAAACAAUCGACACUCCCAGAGCAGCAAUUCAUGAGUUCCCUGAAGACAUCUUCACCAAAGAGCAGCGCAAGAGAGGAGCCAUACUACUGCACGUGCUCUGUGCCGUCUAUAUGUUCUACGCACUGGCUAUCGUUUGCGAUGACUAUUUUGUCCCAUCGCUGGAGAAGAUCUCCGAGAAUCUGCAGCUGAGUGAGGAUGUGGCCGGGGCGACUUUCAUGGCUGCAGGAAGUUCAGCUCCAGAGUUAUUCACUUCCUUAAUUGGUGUUUUCAUCACGAAGGGAGACGUGGGAGUUGGCACCAUCGUUGGGUCGGCUGUCUUCAACAUACUGGUCAUCAUUGGAGUGUGUGGCAUCUUCACCCGUCAGACGGUGGCUGUGACCUGGUGGUCUCUGUUCAGAGACUCGCUGUACUACAUCUUCUCAGUGCUGGCAUUGAUUUUGGUUAUCUAUGAUGAACGGGUUGUAUGGUGGGAAUCUAUGCUUCUGAUCUCGAUGUAUGGAGUCUACAUCCUUAUCAUGAAGUUUAACAGUCAGAUCGCCAGCUUCGUGCAGAGAUCGUGCGGCAGUCCGGGCCAGUGUUGCGUCUGGAGGCCGACGUCCGGAGAUAAAGAGGCUGAUGAAGCAGGAACCAACGGCAACACCUCCAUGGUGCUGCUGAGGAAAGCUCCGGCGGGUUCGGGACAGGAGUCUUCGGUGGUGAUGGUGGACGAGCUGCUCAUCCUGAGGCCACACCAGCUCUCGUUCCCAGAGGCUGGCCUGCGUGUCAUGAUCACACCGCAUUUCUCUCCGCGCACCCGUCUCUCUAUGGCCGGACGCAUGCUCAUCAGUGAGAGACAGAGACUGCUGCGGGAGGAUAAAAUGAGCAGGACCUCGGCGAAGACCUUCGGCUCCAGAGGGAUAGUGAACGGAGGAAGUGUUGAAGCGCAGGAGACACCCGAGGACACGGAAACGACGGACGGUAAGAAAGGAGUGAAGGUGGAGGUGGAAAACUCUCAGCCUGAAGAAGAGGAGGACGACGGGGACGAAAUGUUCAAACCUCUCCAUUUUCCUGCGGGCUCCUGUGCGCGUCUGAAGUGGCUGGUGUCCUGGCCGCUGGCUGUUCUGCUGUAUUACACAGUGCCUAACUGUGUUUUGCCGCGUUGGCAUCGCUGGUUCAUGAUCACCUUCAUUGCUUCAACCUUUUGGAUUGCUAUUUUUUCCUACCUCAUGGUGUGGAUGGUCACCAUCAUCAGCUAUACACUAGAUAUUCCUGAUUAUAUCAUGGGAAUCACUUUCCUGGCGGCUGGCACUAGUGUACCCGACUGCAUGGCGAGCCUCAUCGUCGCCCGCCAAGGAAUGGGGGACAUGGCAGUGUCGAACUCCAUCGGCAGCAAUAUCUUUGACAUCCUGCUGGGUCUGGGCUUCCCCUGGGCUCUGAGGACACUUGUAGUAGAUCACGGAUCAGCGAUAUCCAUCAAUAAUAAAGGCCUGGUCUAUUCCGUCAUCCUGCUGCUCGCCUCAGUCUUCCUCACGGUCCUGGGUGUGCAUCUGAACGGCUGGAAGCUGGAUCGGAGACUAGGUCUUGGUCUCAUGCUUCUUUACUCCAUCUUUCUGCUCUGCUCCAUCCUCUUCGGUCAGCUCUAAAGGUCUUUUGCUUUCGUUAUUGCAGCGCUUCUACUGUAGAUCGGGUACUAAAUCUCGUCUGAAUUCAUGCCUGCGUACGGUGCGGCAGAAAGAGGACGUUUUUAGCAGACUCAGAAUGGUUUUCAAGAUCCAGUCAGUCCAUUGUUCUGUCCACAGCAAGAACGUAUAAGGUUUUUGACUAAUUAAGCACUUCUUCAAGCUGGAAGGUUUACUGUAUAAUAUAUCGGUUUGAGUCUUCAUUCAACCCUGGAUGCUGAUGACAAGAACAUUGAAGAAUUACAGUAAGACGCUGCUUAUGACUUCAGUAAUUCUUCUUGGAUGUUUUACCCUUGUGAAAAAUAAGUAGUGCACUAUUUAAAAAAAGAGUACUUAUUAUGGAAGUAACAUACUUAAGUGUGAACUGAAUGUAAUGUUUUUGGACACUUAAUUGAAUGUUAUUUGCAAUCAAUGACACUGUAUUGCCGUUUAAAUUUAUUUUAAAACGCAAUUAGCUGAGCUUUAAAGUGUUUUUUGACCCGCUUAGUAUUUCACAAGCACACAUUUACGUGUAGUUUCAGAAUAAUUGUCUUUAAAAUACGGUCGAAGUGUUUAAAUGUAUUUGUAAUUACACAUUUAUAAUGCUGAAUUUGCGAUCUAGCAACAACUUUAAGCGCCGUGUUGAAUGACAUUAAGUUAAAAUUACAAUCAAGUAGACCCUGUGCUAUUCAACACAUCAAAAUAAGGAUUUUUCUAUAAAACACAACAAAAGAUUGUUAACAUAAAAAUAUAAAACUACAUUUGACAUUAUUACAAAGUCACGAAACGUUCAGAAACGGUCAAUGUCUCUCUUUAGGUGUUUUAAAGUGGCCUUUCAUUCAUCGAUGUUAUCUGCGAGCGGUUUUUCAAAAAUACACUACAAAUGCACACCGAAAACUAUUUCGUCUUUACAGCUUUUUUUUCACAAGGGUGGUCAUGUGGCUCUGCUCUGAUUGGCUGAGCCGCAGUGCACGCAUUACAUUAAGGAAUAGCUCACACAGAAAUGAAAAUUUGCUGCAAUUUUACUCUUCCUCAGGCAGUCCAAGAUGCAGACGAAUUUAUUUAUUCAUCAGAUUUGUAGCAUGCCGUCACUUGCUCUCUGACGGAUGCUCUGCGGUGAAUGGGUGCCGUCAGAUGCUCUGCGGUGAAUGGGUGCCGUCAGAUGCUCUGCGGUGAAUGGGUGCCGUCAGAUGCUCUGCGGUGAAUGGGUGCCGUCAGAGCGAGAGUCCUCACAGCUGAUUAAACAAUAAUGCACACAAUCACUUAACAUCUCGAGAAAACAGAAAGCUGUACGUUCAUAAGAAAUAAAUCCACCAAGAUGUUUUUAACCACAAUCCGUCUCUUCCAGCUAAAAUAUGGGUCAUCUACCCAGAACACUGCUUCCUCCAGAGACCACCAUUAUAUUGUAUUGUUCUGACAAAAAUACAACAAAAGACCAAAAAGGAACAUAUUCCUUAAACUACUGCACACACGACAACACAAAUAGCCUUAAAUUGUUUCUUUAAUUAUUGCAUGUUUUGACGAAACUCUAAUCACUAAUUGUGAAUUAUAGAGCUAGUUCACCCAAAAAUCUAUUACUAUUUAUUUACCCUGUAUGAUUUACUUUUUCUGGUGUCAAUAUUUUGAGAAAUGUCUGUGUUUUACUCCUUUUUGCGAUACAUUUUUGGGUGAACUAUCCCUUUAAAACCAGUCGGUAUUCAGCACACAAAAGUAUACUAGUAUAGCACACUAUUAAAUUGUACUAGUACACCACAUCAUGUUUAACCGACAACUAAAUGACAGGUUAAUUUAUUGCAGUUGACUGAUGGUGAUGUAAAAUGCCAGCAUGCAGUCCAUGAAAGAGUAACUGUACUCUGAUUACUUGUUUUAUUUAAAAAAAUGUUAACUGUACGCUAAUUACAAGUACUUUGUUUUGUAAUCAGAUUAUGUAAUAGCACUGGUUAUAUAAAGACUGUUUAUUUCCUGUAGUUAUUGAGCAAGUAAUCACGUCGUGGUAAUUCUGUCCUUAAUCUGUUUACACUGACUGUAGCAAUACUUCAUAGAGACUGAUUCAUGUACAUGUGAGAAUAUUUGUAGAAACAGAUCUUUUAGCGAUAAACAUAUAUAUAUAUAUAUAUAUAUAUAUAUAUAUAUAUAUAUAUAUAUAUAUAUAUAUAUAUAUAAAAGAACACAGGUUUGCCUGUAGUAGUAAUUUCAUGUGAUUGUAUUUUUGAUAGUUGUUUUUGGAUGUUUUUAAAAAAGAGGUUUGUAACUGGUUGUAUUAGAAUAUAAUACGUGUUCUAUUUUUUUAAUUCAUUUUUUGUGAGAUUUCCGAUCUUCCUCCUGAAACGGUUCAUUUUAAUCGCAAAUUGAAAAUGCUGUGUUCGUUGCGUUACAAAAUACAGAGAGAACAUUUGGGGUUAUUUGUUAUUUAUAUAGAUUUAGACCUGUUUGUUAUUAUGAAAGUACACGAAACAAAAUAUUUACUGUCUAUAUUUAACUACGAUUUGCCUAGUUUUAUAAAUUCUAGUUGAAGUGUUUUUAAUAUUUCUAUAUGAUUACAUGAUGUGUGUUAGACUGGAGGGGAAUCAUUGAGUCUAACAGUACUGUCUACUCUAUACUCUGCUAAAAGGUCACUAAAUGGGGUUUUUUUUUCUUUUGAGGCCUCCACCUAUUGAUGUCUACAUUUUUUAAAAAAACCGAGAGGUACACGUUUGUAUAUUUUCGCCAUCGAUACCGAGUUGUGCGUAGAUUAGCAGUCUGUGACUUCUGUUUCGUGAAAUUCAAGGAACGCUGUAACGCUGAGAUGAUAUUUGCGGAGUGGUUAACUGAAAUAAACAAUAAUUACGGUGGACAGGGGAAAAUCAAAUGCUUUGUGGCUUUUCCAAAAAGGGUAUGCUGUACAAAAAAAAAGUCUGUUCUUGUGUGCAAUAAAAUGUGCAAUAAUAAGAA